GCAGCUGUCACCGGAGCAGGAGGACCGCACGUCUGGCUGGAAACAGUUCCUCGCUUCCUGUCAACACAUCACAAAUCGUUCAGAAACGCUGUCUGUUAGUCCACUGUGCUGACGCUCCGACUGCGCCCGUGCUUCGCAGCAGGAAGCCGUCAUGCUCGCCGCCUCCCUCGCAGCGGCGCUGCUGGUGCUGACGGCGGCCCCCGCGCAGCCCGCCAACAUCCUGGCGCCCAUCUGGUUCCAGGCGAGGAGCCACUUUGCAGUGUACGAACCGCUGUUCAGGGCGCUGGCGGCGCGCGGCCACAACGUCACCGUGCUCAGCCACUACCCCCAGCCGAGUCCGCUCGCCAACUACCACGACAUCAGCCUCGCCGGCAGUGCGCCCCUUUUCACCAACAACGUUCCAGUGGAGCUGGUGCUGGCGCUGAGCAGCCCGGCGGCCCUGAGCGCGUGGAUGUGGAGGAACGGGACGCAGCUGUGCCGCGACCUGUACGCCCUGCCGCAGGUGCAGCAGCUGCUGCGGUCCGACGACCACUACGACCUCGUCAUCGCCGAGGUGUUCUUCGGCGACUGCGUGCUGUCGCUCGCGCACAAGUUCCGAGCGCCGCUCGUGGGCGUCAUCUCCUCCAUGGCUCUGCCGUGGGCGCACGACAGGGUGGGGAAUCCAGAGCACCCGGCCUACAGCCAGACGUACUUCUCCUCCGGCACGCCGCCCUUCAGCUUCUGGCAGCGGCUGGUGCACAGUGUGGGGCACGUGGCGGCCAGGUUCGGCUACUGGCUGUGCUCGGACCUCGGGGUGGACGCGGUGGUGCGCGAGGCGCUGGGGGAGGGGGUGCCGCCGACGGCGCAGCUGUCUCGCCGCACCAGCCUGCUGCUGGCCAACAGCCACUGGAGCCUGGGCCGGCCGCUGCCCGCCGUGCCCGCCCUCGUGCACGUGGCUGGCGUGCACAUCCAGCCGCCGCAGCCGCUGCCACAGGAUGUGAAGAUGUUCCUGGACGGCAGCUCACAAGGUGCCAUCUUCUUCAGCCUGGGAUCGAUGAUCCAGUGCGAGACCUUCGCUAAGGAGAAGCUGCGUGCCCUGCUGGACGUGUUUUCUGAGCUGCCCCAGCGAGUCCUGUGGAAGGUGAACGCGGCAUCCCUGCCUCCGCUACCGCCCAACGUGAUGGCCCGCGCAUGGUUCCCGCAGAACGACGUGCUCAAUCAUCCGAACGUGAAAGUGUUCAUAACGCACGCCGGAAUGCUGGGUCUGCUGGAAGCCGUCAACGCGAGCGUGCCCAUGCUCGCCAUCCCCUUCUUUGGCGACCAGCCGUCCAACGCAGCCACGGUGGUCGCAGCGGGCAACGCGCUGCAGCUGUCGUACGGAGACCUCGACCACCAAACGUUUCGAGACACACUCGGCGAGCUGCUAAACAACGAGAGGUACCGCGAGAGCGCCAAGCGGCUGUCCAUCCUGUUCCGGGACCGCCCCCGGCCGCCGCUGGAGGAGGCGGUCUACUGGGUGGAGUACGUCAUGAGGCACCAGGGGGCGCCGCACCUGAGGUCCGCCGCGCUGGACCUGGCCUGGUACCAGUACCUGUUGCUAGACGUCGCUGCCUUCGUGGUGGCCGUCGCUCUCUCACUGAUGUUGGCCAUCUACUGGCUGCUGCGAGGAGUAAAAUACUGCAUUACGCGUGAAAGUGAGGACGGUCGGAAACUUAAAAUGAACUGAGACUUGUAGCAAGCGACUACCAGCACACUCUACAUAAUUACUGCACCACUUCUCUUUGAAGAGGAUGCAGCCUAAGACUCUGGACCACUGAUAUGUGAAAACAAGCAUCACUCUGACCUUAUAUCUAUCCCUCAAUAUCCGCUCCUAAUGCGACUCUCACACCACAACACUGCUAAGCUACUCCAGCGUUUACCCUUUACAUAUAGCGCCCCUCCACGCCCGCACCAACGUGGUGACCAGACCAAAAGUUCUACUGUCACCUCCGUCAACAUGUUAGUUAUCUAAUAAGUGGAGCACAGGAUGCUGGGCUGUGAUGUUAUCCGUGCGUCUGGGUAAGGCUACGCAUUAACACGGUCCAUCAGGUGAUACAUAGUGGACAGAACGCGAAUGAGGGUAGCAAUUUGAAGAGCAGAGGGUAAAAAGUGCCAAGGCUCGUGCCGUGGGAAAAAAACACCUCUGGGA